CUGCUUGCAUUGGGCUUCCGAUUUUCUGCUUCCUCGUAUCAGUUGCACAAAUCUCAGUUUCUCCUGAACUCGGCAACGGUUCAAUCAAUGCCUUUCUAGUGUCUUUCUCACAAUGCUUGCAGCCAACUCCUCUGCUGUGCCUGGCACGGUGAGCGUCGAACCAUCUAUACAAGCCAAUAACAUAGUUGAGCUCGUUGCGGACGAGGCAACGAACGACAGUUCAUCGGAGAUCGGAGACAGCAUUGCUUCUUCAAGCACGAGUGUUUCAAGCUCGAUUCUUGAUUAUAGACUCGAGAAUGGCCGAACUUACCACAAGUACAAAGAUGGCCAAUACCAUAUACCCAACGAUGCAUCGGAGUCUGACAGACUUGAUUUGCAACAUAACCUCUUUCUCCUGACCCUAGAUAACAAGCUGGGUCUCGCGCCGCCGAACGCCCCCGACUCAAGGGUGAAGAGGGUUCUUGAUGUCGGCACUGGAACUGGAAUCUGGGCAGUUGACUUUGGAGAUGAGCACCCUGAAGCUGAGGUCCUCGGCAUUGAUCUGUCUCCUUCAAUGCCACAGUUCAUCCCUCCCAAUGUCAAGUUCGAAAUUGACGACCUAGAGGAGCCAUGGGCUUACUCGCAGCCGUUCGAUUACAUCCACACACGAGCGAUGAACUCCUCAAUCACUGAUUGGAAGGUCUAUAUCAAGAAGUGUUUUGACAACCUCAAAGGCGGAGGGCACCUCGAGCUGCAGGAGUAUGAUGUGUUCGUCAAGUCCGACGAUGAUACCCUGAAGCCGGACCACGCUGUCUCCAGAUGUGUCGAUCUGAUCUAUGAUGCAUCAAUUAAGUUCGGAAGACCCUACCAGCACAUUGAGCCGCUCGCAGAGAUGAUGAAAGAGGUCGGAUUCGUCGAUGUUGCACUCCAUAGCGACAAAUGGCCCUCGAACGCAUGGGCUAGGGAUCCCAAGUAUAAGGAAUUGGGCAUGUGGAACCACGAGAAUAUGUCUUCUGGUGUUGAGGGCUUUACUAUGGCCGCUUUCACGCGAAUCCACAACUGGACGAAGGACGAGGUGCAGGCCUUCCUGGUUGACGUCCGGAAGGACCUGAAGGACAAGUCUAUCCAUGGAUACUGGACAGUGUAUAACAUUCACGGAAGAAAGCCAGAGGCAGAGAAGACUGAAGGGGGGCAACAGUGAGGUCGCAGACGCCC